CUAAUUUUCUAUUAACCUUUUCACACUCAAAAACAAGAAGCAGGUGGGGAAAGAUAUUGGAACCAUGGAAUCGAAUGAUAUUAACAGUGUAACUGAUGUUAAAGAUGAAGAAGAUGGUGUUCUUCUUCCAGGGUUUCGAUUUUAUCCCACCGAUGAAGAACUUGUAGAGUUUUAUCUUCGAAGAAAGGUCGAGAACAAACCGAUUAGUAUUGAACUUAUCAAGCAGGCUGAUAUCUACAAGUACGAUCCAUGGGACCUUCCAAAAGGCAGCAACGUAGGGGAGAAGGAGUGGUACUUCUUUUGCAAAAGGGGAAGAAAAUACAGAAAUAGCAUAAGACCCAAUAGAGUGACAGGUUCUGGGUUUUGGAAAGCAACUGGAAUUGAUAAACCAAUCUAUGGAGAAGGCCGUGAUUGCAUUGGCUUAAAGAAAUCACUGGUUUAUUACAGAGGAAGUGCUGGGAAAGGCACCAAAACUGAUUGGAUGAUGCACGAAUUUCGUCUUCCGGCUACUCAUCACAGCAAUACAAAACAACUAAUUGAUAAUCAAUGCACUGCUCAAGAAGCUGAAGUUUGGACACUGUGUAGAAUAUUAAAGAGAAAUGUUUCCUACAAAAAGUGCGUACUAAAUUGGAGAGAAAUGUCUGGUAAGAAGAGUAAUCCAGCGGAUUCAAGCUCCAAAUCAUGCAGCAUGAAAUCUGAUCAAAGCUUUAUCAGUUUCAGUGAUCCUGAUUAUCAGAUCAAGAAACCCUUUUCCAAUCAUGUGGAGAAUAUUGCAAAUCAACAGUUUAUAGGGCACUUCAAUCCAGUAUAUGGUCAAGCACCAUCUUCAAUAUAUUCAACAUCUGUGUGUUCAUCGGACACGAACGAGUUGUCAAGGCAUUCAGACUGGGAGGAUCUUAGAUCGAUCGUGGACUCUGCUAUUUAUCCCUCCUGUUUUUAAAAUGAUUUGCAUAUCUAUGAGUUUAUAAAUUGAAAUAAUUACGU